GUUCUCGUCCGGAAGGGAGGUGAGGAGUUCUGGCUGCCCUGCCCCUGAUCCACCCCCGUCGUGUUGCCCAGCAACUAGAUCCGGGUCCACGGUCGGGAGUAGCUGACACUGUCCGGAGCGAGUGAAACUGACACAGCGAAAGGUUACAAUGUAGCCGAGCGCGCUGACUGGACGCACAGGGUGUGAAUGGAUCUGAAGAUAAAGUGUGAGAAGCACGGACAACUUACUGGUUUGUGAAUCUUUCAAAAGCAGCCAAUGGCUGCAAGCAGUUUUCCGUUGGGUAAAGGAGUGAAGCGGAAACGCCACGAGGAUGACGGUGGUCAGGCUGCAGCAGAAUACACUCCACAAACCUUCCAUUGUGGCACAUUGCUAGACAUCUCUCUGCUUAAACUGCAUCAGAACUGUGUUCUGGCAGAGCGCAACUUACACCGCUCCGUGCUGAUUGCCAAUACCUUGCGCAGGCUGCAAGCGGAGAUCCGCUGGGAGAAUGGUCACAACACGAUGCCCAGUGAGAUGCCACUGCUGCCACCUGAGCAACUUACUAGUGGUGCCAACCAACUACAGCCCCUCUCCAAAAUGGGAGAGGAAAUCACUGAUCUAAACAACAACAUUGCCAAGGCACCCUCGCCAAGCCUCACUGAAGCACCCUUCUGUCUCCUCUCUGGCAAUGACAGCUCAUUGUCCUCUGCCAUCUCCACCAUACUUCAGGACCUGGACUAUGUGGAGGACCUGAGCACCCCUCCAGGCCAAGCACCUCCCGAAGAUGACCAUCUCUUGCCGCUGAAGCCAGUGAGCCCAGAUCCCCGGCCGGAGCCCAGAUCCCUUGAUUCCAUCUUCACAGCCUUUGAAAUUGCAGACUCAGAUGACUUCCUUAUUGACGGUUCCCUUGAUGCAAUCUUUGAAGACAUUGACACCUCUAUGUAUGAUGUCCCGCAGGGCUUCCCUGCAGGGGCCUGUCCCACCAUCCAGCCUAACAAAGCUUCACGAGGCAUCCCUUCAGCAAAGCCCCACAACAGCCGGACAGACUUUGAGUUGGAGAAUCUGAUGGACCUUCUUGUUGGUUGAUACUUUGUGCAAGGGGAUUUAUUCCCUUUUUGGAAUAUUAACUGGUAUUUUUCCAAAACCCAAAAGACUUGGACAAGAACUACCUGGGCUGCUGUUCCACCUCCGUCUUUUUCUCUUUGCAGAGUUUCUGGCCUCUAAAUAUUCUUCUCUGUAGAGUCCCCACUUUAAAGCCACUGGGCUCAUACCUUUGUCCCCCUUGGGAAAAGACAGUUUUAGCUUCUGCUGGCAGACCAGUCUACAUGUCACAUGCCUAAAUGGAUGGAGACUGGAUUUGCACACAGGGAGGCAAAGGAAUAGAAGUUUGCACUCAUAGAAUUCUAUGCGGUUAGAUAGGAGGAGGCCCAUACGGAUACCAGCAUAGUCCAUUUCGGCUGAAUGGCUGACAGGAUGGGUGGUCCUCUAAUCACCUCUGUCAGAAGUGGUGAACAGAGCGUUCCUUUGGGCUGCAGAUGACCUACUUGUGUGCAUCCAAGCAUGACCAUAGUGGGGAGGGGUAAUUAAUUGGUAAUAAGUCAGAUUGCUCACCAUCACCUUCUCAAGCACAAUUAGAGAUGGGUAAGAAACUCUAGCCUUGUCAGCAAUGUUUCCUGUUCAGUUUGCAUGCAUGUAGCUGUUCAGAGGGCCCGUGCACAGCAUUGGUGUGCCACACUGUUUGCAGCAUCAAUUUCUGGUUCUGAAAGUUGCUGCCACAUAUGGAUCUGAGUUCCAUGCAGAAGAAAAAAUGUAGCAGGAACACUGCUUGUCAGUGAAGUUCACAUAAUUUUCUUUCUUACAAGAAGUUUCCCUCUCCCAUUUUCCAUGUUUCUAAUGCCCAGUUGAAGAGUUCAUGCCUAAUUUUAACUUUUCUGUAUGUAUGUUAAUAUUGAGAUUUUGUGUGUGUAUAUAAUAGAUGUGUGUGUGUGUGUGUAUAUAUAUUUUGUCCUCUGCAUGCCUUGGUUACUCCAAGUUGUUAACGUUUAACACUUGAUGAACAUCAGCAAGGGCCUGGAUAAAGAUGCAAUGUCAUUUGAUCUAUUUAUUUCGCAGUGCAUUUACCUUUCCUCUCCUGAAGGUGCUGACUCUCCCUGGAUAUAGGUUGCUCAUAACUGGAGUCUCCCUGGGGUACAGAUUCCACAGGGCCCAACUCUUCCUGGGGACAUAGUUUUCAUAGACUCUCCCUGGGGUGUGGGCCCCACAGUCCCUGAUUCUUCUUUAUCCCUCUCCCAUGUUGCCCUUCAAUGAGGUGCUCUGCCCAGUCACUGCCUACUCUUUUUGACAGUGAUGGCACUAAUAUAUUUCAAUGCUGUAACUUUUAUGUAAAGCAGACAUGUCCUAUGCUAGCUUCCUGUUGGAGGUGGGAUGGAUGCAGAUUGUCCUGGCACACACUGCAGGCAGAGUGUGCCAGCAUUAAACCUGGUGACCAAGAAUGAUCCACCCAAUGUAUUUAUAGAGCAGACAGGCAAGAUUUGGGGGCGAAGGGACAUAAAGGAAAGAGCCAAAGGAACAAGCACCAGCAAAUCUUGGAGACACUCUGAUCAUAACAGUGAAGCCGGUCUUCGUUCCCCUUCUUUGUUCCCGUAGCACCCAGUCCCUUCCUGAAUCUGUUCACAUGUGGCUCACUCCAGUCCUACUUUCUUCCAUGCCUGCUUUUGUUAGCAUUAACUAAAUAAUGAAAUUACACUGUGCUGCUUUUGAGCUAUAUAAAAUUAAUUUAAGAACAACAAUAAAUAUUUUUGUUUUGAUGUUU